AUGAAGCUCGUCACGUACAUCUACGGAAUCGCCCUACUUGCCUUGCAGCGUGUCGACGCAGCUCAGCCCAACGACGACGAAGCAAAAGCCAUCUGCGGCAAGCUUGGCGUCAUGGACACGACGGGCAUGUCCGAAGACGCUGCGUCUAAGACCCGACUCUGCGCGGAGCAUCCUCUUGGUCAUCUUGAUCCCUCGGAUGACUUGUCGAAGCGACGCUGCUGGAACGGCAAGCCUGUUGGUUGCUCACGUGGCUAUUGCUGGCAUACUUGUGGCGGCGGCGGCCAGUGGUGCUGGGCGGCCGAGGGUGACGGAACUGGACCCUGGAUUACUUGCAAGAAUGACAGCCAGUGCAGCAGCAUCAUGGCAUGCGGCGCAGGAAACUGCAAACGCUGCGGCUGCACAUGCUGA